AUGAAAUUGACAGAUGAAAGUCGAGCAUUCCAUUUUGGUGUUUAUACGAUAGUAUUUCAAAUACCAUACGGGAAAGUAACAACUUAUGGACAUAUAGCUUAUCUACUAGAUAAACCAGCAAAUUCAAGACAAGUAGGGUCCUCGCUAAAACACUGUGCGAUGAUUUUCCAAGAUUUGAACCAAGGAUACGAACCAGAUGAUGAAAAUUUUUUACAAUUGGACGAGUUACCAUGGUGGAGAGUCGUACUGAGUUCAGGAAAAAUUUCACCUAGGGAGAAUUCACAUGGACAGUAUAUACAGGCAGAGCUUCUAAGGCAAGAAGGUAUCUCCGUGUCAGAAACACAUUUAGUAAACUUGGACGCCGAGGAAGUUGGCUGGUUUCCUGAGGAGGUGAAUCUAUAG